AUACAAUCACGUUGAUUAUAAAGUUACUCGUUCUAUAUUUAUGCUAUUUUACGUUUAUGUAUAAAUGUGAUAAAGACCUGUGACGAGAUUAUAGUUGUAGUCAGUAUAAAGGAUAUUCAUCAAUAGAAAAGAAGAUGGAUGAAGAGACUAUUGCCAGGAAAGCUGAUUGGCAGGCAGUUCUAGAUGAUAUGGAUUUGGACCAAGACGGAGCUCUGAACAGAGAAGAAAUACGUGUAGCAAUGAGCCGAGGUGGCUAUAAUCCAACCGAUGAAGAAAUAGAAUCAAUGUUCAGAGAAGGCGCUUUUGAUGAUGGAAAGAUUACAUUUGAAGAAUAUUUUGCCUUCAUGGAAGAUAUGCCUGACCCGAAGGAAAAUCUAAGGGAAGCCCUUGAUGUGUUUACUGAACACGCAGGUGAAGAUGGAGCAAUCGAAAAAGAAAAGCUAAGAGAGAUCCUCAUGAAGGGAAUUCCUGAGGAUGACGCAAAUGAACUUCUAGACGCUGUAGACGUGAAUACUGACGGGCUUAUAGACAAAGAAGAAUUUAUCACACUUUUAAUGAAUGUGUAGUCCUUACGGUUGCCGAGUAACAGCUCCUCAUGAACAAUUUUCUAGGAAGGUUUUGAAACAAGGAUAACGCAAGUGUAUUCUUACACUAUUUCAUGACACUGACGUGUUGUCUCUCUUUAACUGAACGUCGUGUUAAGCCGCUAAUUGCAUUUGUAUCAUGAUAACAUGUUUACGUGAAACCUUUGAUAUCUUAGCAUGAAUUCACAUUUUUUUUUUCUUUUCAUAUUUUGUUAAAAUAAUGCUUCAUCACUCAAACAUAGUCUUUUCAUAUCGUUUGUUAUUCACAAAGUUGUCCAUCUCUUUCACGUGGUCAUGUAAUGGCAAGACAUGGAUUUUUACUCUCUAUAGUUUAUGAUUUUAUACGGACUUGAAAAUUGCAUGAACGCAAAUUACUUAUUUCGCAAGCGGAAUACAAGUGUUUUAUUUUCAUGUCGGAUAAACAAUCUCAACGUGAAAAGCAGAAACGUGCUGAGAAAUGGCCAGUGGGUCACCUGAAUUUGAGAAUGGCUUCGAUCACACACCUGAGUGUGGCUUGGGCACAAAGGCGUGACGAACUCUCAGGAUUAUGUAUUAUCAGUUAUGAUGAAUAGCAAUACACCCGCUAUGACACACUUAUCAUUGAGAGAACAGAUAUAUAAUUCAACCGAAUACACCGUCUGGGAAGUAAUCGUGCAAAAAAGUAAACACAGCUAAUUGUCCGAAAUUUCCCGAAAGAAAAAACAACUGAUGACUACAACAAACACUCAAUUGUUGAGUAACUUUGUAUAUAUAUUUUUUAUUCGAAGAAUAAAGAAUAACAACAGUUAGUAUCUUCAAUUCAUUCAAGUUUUGAGGCAUCAAUAACUUUCUCUGUAAAACAUUUAAAUUUUGUUAUGGUCUAUAUAUAAUGUAAAAUGUUCUUCCAUUACAUGAUUGUUAAUUGUAAUUUCUAUAAAUGUACAUUGUCAUUUUAUGCCAAAUAAAGAAUGUUAUGUUA